AUGAACUUCCACAACUUAACGUUCUUUAUUGCAGCUCUAGUUGCUUUAUUUUAUCUGACUGAGGCAGGUAAAAGUGGUGAGAUAAUUGAAGAUAUUGCAGUUACACGUGCGCCACCAUGUGCAAGAACAUGCAAUAAGCUCUUCAAGUGUGAUCCAUUUUACGUGUCACCAGUCUAUAGCAUAAUAAAUGGCGUAUGUCGUCUAUUCAAUAAUCAUUGUGUAUUUGGCACCAUCAAUUGUGAUCGCAUUAACCAAUGCCUGAAACCCUAUGAAGCAACCACGAAAGAAGAAUGCCAGAAGGCUUGUCCCCGUAUGUGUCUCAUGGGUGGCUCUGGGGUGUGCGCCACUUUUUACUAUUUCAACAAUAAAGGUGUAAGAAUUGAGGUGAAGAGAAGUUUCGAAAAUCAAUGUAUUUUAGAUUCGUAUUGCUGCGCUACUGAUACUGCAUAUAUGGAUGUGACUGAAGGUUUCUGUCCUUAAAACAACAAAUUUGAUAAGCAAAUUUAUUGAAAAUAUUAAGUUUAAUAUGCAGCAUAAAAU